AUGUUUCGUGUCGGUUUCGCUUUGUUCUGUCUGAUAGUCGCUACACAGGCAACUUGGCUGAACCUGCCUUCGAUCGCACUGAAAGCAUCCGAACACCUGUUUUCCUUUGAUCACCUUCCUGAACCCGUAGAAGCACACGAUGCCACACCACAGGAAAAUGAUAAGGAUCUUUUGACGGAGAUCAGGGAAGCUGACGAAAGAAACACUGAGUCUGAUGCGAAUGUGAAGGAAGCGAUUAUGGAUUUUAUGGCAUACUCGGAAGAGGAGGAGAUCAAGGAAGUUGACGAAAGAAACACUGAGUCUAAUGCGAAUGUAAAGGAAGAGAUUAUGGAUUUUAUGGCGUACUCGGAAGAGGAAGAGGACAGUAAUGAAAGUGACGAAGAAGAAGAUUCCCAUCCGUUCAAUGAGAAGACACCGAAUAUGCUUGAGGAACCACGAAGCUCCGAUUACGAAGUUGUUGUGCGGAACGGUGAAGAGGACGAAGAGGAUAAAGGUGUUGAGGAAAUCGUCGCGGACAGAUCUGUCAUAGAAGAAUUAACUGCUGCUGUUCAAUACAAAUCUGAUUAUUCAAGGAAUCAGAAUUUGAAAUCCGAACAAAAAACUCCCGAACAGUAUGGUCACGGACAUCGAUAUGGACGAUUGAAGAGAAGCGGGAAGAAUUUUGAGUACAAGACCAAGCUUCGGAUAUGGGAACGAAGUCCAUCUUUCAAGGAUGAACUACCUAAGCAAUGGGAUUGGCGGAAUGUAAAUGGUGUUAACUACUGUAGCCCUACAAGAAAUCAACAUAUUCCAGUAUACUGUGGUUCAUGUUGGGUAUUUGGAACAACUGGCGCUCUCAACGAUCGUUUCAAUAUUGCGCGAAAAAAUAAAUGGCCGAUGACAAUGGUAUCUCCUCAGGAAAUUAUUGAUUGCGGUGGUAAGGGGAACUGUCAAGGAGGUGAAGUUGGUGAUGUGCUCGAAUACGCUAAGACCCAUGGUCUUGUGGAGGAAGGAUGUAACGUGUAUCGUGCUACAAAUGGCCACUGCGAUCCAUUCCAUCGAUGUGGUACCUGUUGGCCAAACAAUUGUUUUGCCGUCAAGAACUAUACACGAUAUUAUGUUACAGAGUACGGGAAGGUGUCCGGUCGUGAAAACAUAAUGGCUGAAAUCAAGAAAGGCGGUCCAGUAGCAUGCUCUAUCGGAUGUACACCAAACUUUGACUACAACUAUAUUGGAGGAGUGUACAAAGAGAAGAGCGCCAUUGAGCCCAAUCAUAUUGUAUCGGUUACUGGAUGGGGUGUUGACGAGGAAGGUGUCGAAUACUGGAUUGUACGAAAUAGCUGGGGUGAAGAAUGGGGUGAAAAAGGUUGGUAUCGUGUGGUAACAUCGAAAUAUAUGAAUGGAACUGGGAACGAGUACAAUAUGGGCAUCGAGAAGGAAUGCUACUAUGCUGAUGUUGAUGUCAGCAACAUGGAUUGA